AUGGUGGAUCCACUGAGCCUGGUGACCGCGAUCCUGACGGCGGUGCAGCUGAUCAGGAGCGCGGCGUCGACGGCGAGCCAGAACAAGGAGAAGUGCCUGGAGCUGGCGGAGCGCGUGAAGAACCUGGGCGAAGUCCUGCCCAGCUUCGCGCACGCGGCGGCGAACGACGCCGCGACGGCGCGCGUGCUGGAGAGGCUCAAGGACGCCGUCGGCGAGGCGCUCACGCUUAUCCAGUCCUGCAAAUCCGCCGGUACGUUCUCCGGUAAGUACAGCAGCAGGAAGGCCGGCGACCUGGACAGCGUUGACAAGCGGAUCAACAACUGCAUCAUGGACCUCAGCCUCAUCAACCAAGCUCGCAUGAACAUCGGAGCAGCAGCUGGGGAUGGCAAAGUCCCAGCAGCUCAAACUGGUGCACAUGUUGACCACCACAGCUCCUACUAUCAAGCGCAAGGUGGAGGUGCCUCCACCGCCCAUGUUGCCUCGCCACCGACGCCGACGCUGCAGCACGCAUGGAGUACACCACCGAGCUACUACCAGCAGCCACCCCCGACGCCGACUCUGCAGCACGCAUGGAGUACACCGCCGAGCUAUUACCAGCCACCCGGCUACGUUCAGUAUGUUCCAGCUGGUCCUCCUCACUACGCAGCUUCUCCAGCCCCUCCGGGUUCUAAUCUAUCUUCUUAUUGCACGCUUCCAACAGUCAACAAGAUCAUCAAGCGUGUGUUCCGCUAG